AAGAGGGCUGGGCUUUGGGAAGGGAAAAGCAAACUGGUGACUAAAACCCUGCUGGAAUUUAAAUGCGUCUCCACUCCUGAGUUUGUGUGAGUGUGGAGUUGGGAUGCAGUGAAGGAGCGCGUGCAGAGAUCCAGAAUGGCUUUGGGGAUUGUUGGUGACGCUGUGGCCGCUGUCGGUGGCCUCAUUGCUGGGGUUCUGAACUACAUGACUGACAUGUUUCUGUCAGCUCCCUUGAAAGCCACGCUCAACCAUCUGGAGGACACGGAGCUCAAAACCUUGACGGGCGAAAUCAAGACUUUCAAGGCCAAGUGUCUGUGGGAAAAGGCUGGAGCUGUCAUCAUGGCAGUACGCCGUCCUGGAUGAUUUUUGUGCAGAGAGGAGGCUGCUGAGCUGUCCUCUCUGAAACCCCAGCUUGACCAGCUGGGGGUCUCUCUGUAUGCUGUUGUGAAGGAGGAUGUUGGCACUGAGGUCCAAAACUUCCGUCCAUACUUCAAGGGAGAGAUCUUCUUGGAUGAAAAGAGACGCUUCUAUGGGCCCCGUGAGCGGAAGAUGGGGCUCUUGGCUUUUCUGCGUAUUGGAGUGUGGUUUAACGGCCUGAGGGCCUUCAGAAAAGGCUUCCUGGGAAACGUCUUGGGAGAAGGCUUUGUUCUUGGAGGAGUUUUUGUUAUUGGUCGGGAUCCGCAGGGAAUAUUACUAGAGCACAGAGAGAUGGAAUUUGGAGACAAGGUCAACAUUUCAGACGUCCUCCACGCUGCGAGAAGAAUAACACGAGACCUUUAGAAGGAAACAUGAUGUAUACUACAGUUAAAAAAGAAUCCUGUUUUUUUUUUUUUUAAUAUUUGCACUCAUGUGGUAUUGUAUUUGUGGAUUCUGGAAUCCAGGGAGCAUUUUUAUGCCAUUUGACAGGAUCCUGUGUGUAUUCAUGAAAGGCUGUCUUUAAACUCAAUGGAAGAAGCAGACUGGAUAUUUAACACUCUGGGUCUUGUUUGACUUGGUUGUACUGCUGUUCCUCUUGGGAGCCAAAAACCCAUUUGCGCAAUAAAACAUGUCUGUGCUUGA